GAGAAUUGAAUAAGGAAAUAGCAGACACUUCAAACUGGAAUACCUUUGAUGACACAACUGAAGACCAAGUUCAAGCCCGGGGCAUGACCCGAGAGAAACUGAUGUGGAUCGGACCGUUUAAAAACAAUGGGUUCCAGCUGCAGUGGUCAGAAACAUCAGAAAGAUGAAACUCAUCCCUCAGGGAAAUGCUCUCAAUCCACCAACUCCUCCAACCACACAGCACACAAUAGAGAACAGGCUUCCGGUAAUGACGAAGACCUUGUCAUGGCUCUGCACGACUUUAAACCAACCACUGACAAUGACCUGCCGUUCAGAAAGGGAGAGAAACUUCAGAUCCUCCAGGAGAAUGGGGACUGGUGGCUUGCUAGGUCACUGGUGACGGGAGAGGAGGGGUACAUUCCAUGUACAUACGUGGCCAGAGCGGACACACUAGAAGUAGAAAAAUGGUUUUUCAAGGACCUGAGUCGUAGAGAGACUGAGCGUCUGCUCCUGGCUCCGGGGAAUAAAGUGGGAUCGUUUCUAGUCCGAGAGAGUGAGACCAGCAAAGGUGCAUUCUCCCUGUCCAUCAGAGACGCAGGGGCGGAGCAAGGGGACGUGGUGAAACACUACAAGAUCCGCAGCCUGGACAACGGAGGGUUCUACAUCUCCCCUUCCACCUCCUUCUCCUCCCUGCAGGAGCUGAUCAAGCAUUACACCCGUACGGGUGAUGGGUUGUGUCAGCGUCUGAAUGCCCCCUGCAAAUCGAAGGCCCCCAUGCAGCCGUGGGCCCAGGACGAGUGGGAGAUCCCCAGAGACACGCUGAAAAUGGUCAGGAAGCUGGGAGCAGGACAGUUUGGAGAAGUCUGGAUGGGUUACUACAAGGGCAGUCAGAAGGUGGCGGUGAAGACCCUGAAGGAAGGGACCAUGGCGCCCGAGGCCUUCCUCCAGGAGGCUAACCUGAUGAAGCAGCUGCAACACGACAGACUGGUACGCCUCCACGCCGUCGUCACCAUGGAACCCAUCUACAUCGUCACAGAGUUCAUGAUCAAUGGAAGCCUGUUGGAUUUCCUAAAAACAGACGAGGGCAAGAAGUUGAAGCUCCCCAAGCUGAUAGACAUGUCAGCCCAGAUAGCUGAAGGUAUGGCCUACAUUGAGAAGAAGAACUAUAUCCACAGAGACCUGCGAGCUGCCAACAUUCUGGUCAAUGAGACUCUCCACUGCAAGAUAGCAGACUUUGGCCUGGCCAGAAUCAUAGAAACCGAGUACACAGCACAGGAAGGUGCUAAGUUUCCCAUUAAGUGGACAGCUCCGGAGGCUAUCAACUUUGGGACGUUCAGUAUAAAGUCAGACGUCUGGUCUUUCGGCAUCCUGCUGACUGAGAUAGUCACCUAUGGAAGAAUUCCCUAUCCAGGUAUGACAAACCCUGAUGUGAUCCGUAACCUGGACAAGUGUUACAGGAUGCCCUGUCCAGAGGGUUGUCCUGCGGAGCUGUAUGACCUCAUGAUGACAUGCUGGAAGGAGAGACCAGAGGAACGGCCCACCUUCGAACACCUGCAGGGAACUCUCAAUGACUUCUUCAUCGCCACUGAGGGACAGUACGAGAUGCAGCCCUGAGGUCGGACUCAAAGUCACAAUUCAACGCUUAUGUCAAAGUCAAAAAAAGUUUUGGGACAAAUGUCAACAUUUUAAAGUUGUUGUUGUAAUGCUUGAGGAAUACAUGGACAUUACAUCUCUACAUCCCUACACGUCCACAGUACGAGAUUCAGCCCUGAUUGAGCAAAAGCUAUGAUGUAGUGAGCUGGCCAGUUUGGCCUGGUUACUCAACACAAAUAUACUACAGUUGCUGCCUGGAACCAUGCUAAAAAGGACCCUGUGAAAAGAUAAGAACAUCUCCAAGCCAGGACAGUUUGGUUCUGGUCGGCACAGUAGUGUGAAAAGAGAACAAUGACUUCUUCACACCACAGAACGAGAUUCAGCCCUGAGACUGGUUCAUUACUAAAAAAGAGGACGGCAAUGGAAACCUCACGGAGUUGGAAGUGGAAACAGACUUCUCCAUCUGCCUGCACUGAUUUACGUCGGCCCUUGUCUUUUAAGGACUUGUGUCAAGCCAUAUAAAGAUACAUGGACAACGAGACAAAAUGAGAGGCCAAUGGAUUGACCAAGAUGAGGACAUGGGACUGAUAGACACAAACUGAUCCUGA